UACUAACGACUUAAUUUGUCAUAUUGAAAUUUACUAUACAUAACCAACAAUUUUAUCGAUAUUGUUUUUUUCGCACUAUCACUCUACUAUUCAUAUUGUUUUAAAAAUAUCAAUAUCAAUAUCAAAAAUGGCAUGUAAAAGAUCUUCAGAUGAACCUUCGGAAUGCAACAGCUUUCUUCAAAGCUCUAAACGGAUGGGCCAAGUUGCAACGAACUUUUUGUCCAUCUCUGCCUCAAUGGAUCAAGUAGAUGACUUGCCAGUUACACAGAUAGUGUUUCCAUCAGAAAUGCAGUCUGUUUCACAAGUUCAACCGUUACUGCAUUCAUCUUCUUCCUUUUCUUUACCAUCUCAAAAAACUGGGAUAGACCAAAUAAAUAACUUUAUUCGGAAAGCAAAUUUUGAACCCAAUACUGUUGAAGGCAUUCAAUUUAUAGUGAACUCCAUGUACAGAAAACUUUGUGGGUUGGAAACAGAAAUGCGUUCCAUGCGUUCAAUUUUAGACACUAAUAAUGGUAAUAAAGAAAAUAUUAAUAUAGAUUAUUUACCAGCUAAUUCAGUUGAAGAGUUUGACUCACUAGAAAAUAAAAUAAUUAACUCUAAUGAUAAAGAUAUCAUUUGCAGAAAGUUAAAGCAAAUUGAUAGGAGAAAUGUAAGUGACUUUUUAAAAAAUGCUUUAAAAACUUGUUUAACAGACAAGCUGUGCUGCAGCAUUAAUUGAACUGGUGCAGAUAAAAAGUGUAGGUUUAUAGGACCAGUCGAAAGUUUGAUUUUUGAUGCAGCUUACUGUUUAUUUCCAACUGCCACUGAAUCCAGUAUGACUAUAAUAAUUGCGAAACACUUGAAAAAGUCUAAAGAUCGUUAUUUUGCUGCAAGAAAGAGAAGUUCUUCUUUAACAAGUGGUAUACAAAUACACAGUCCUGUUAGAAAAAAAAGAAAUUUAAACACUGACUCAUGUAGUGAUUCCAGUGAACUUAUUUUUUUUGUUUAUUUGUUCUAUUAUUUUUUAUUGACUUUUUUUUUUUUAGAUAUUUUAUUUGUUACAACU